CAAAUCACAGUGACAUUAAUUUGACUUCCAAUUAAUUUGACACUAAUCGGGCAAUCGGUUUUGAUUUCGGAUUAAACUUUUAUCUUUCACAAAUCCUUUAAAUUAUCAGUGGAUUACAAUUAACUAUGCGCGCUAGAUACGAGGACCUUAAUCUUUUCCGUGCAUACAAAAUAACCAUCAAUUAAGUUAUUUAAGAUGGCAGUAAAUAAAUUCCCUUUGAAGUUAAGGCCUGAAGAGGAGCUAGCUAUCCGAGGGGCUCAUUUACUUGGACCAUGCUUGGAGGCUAAAUUCGAUGAGUUGAAGUAUGAGAUUUUGAGUAAAAUUGAUAAGGAGAUGGGCGAUUCUAAGAAUACCAGAGAGUACAUUUCUCAGAAGUAUGAUGAGUUGUGUAAAAAGAUCCAGUUCUUGGGGGAGUUGGAUGCGACGGUAUCAGGAUUCAGGAGUGACGUGAAGGCGGUGGAGAGGCACAUCGCUGAGCUGUCGGUGCGCGUCGACGACAUCGAGAAGAGGACCAUAAUCAAAGAGAGUCCCUCCCUCUCAUCUUCUCUGUUCUCCAACAUCAAAUAAACACAUUAUUCUACU